AAUUGUCGUCGCGUUUACGACGAAACAGCCUAUUAUUACUUUAUAAAUAAAUAAUUUAUAUUUAUUGAUUUUUCUAUAUGGCUACAUCUCAAGAAAAAGCGUUUUAAAUAUUUUUAGAAACGUUUUGAAAGAAGUAUGCCUAUUUAUUUCAAAAAUUAGAGUUGAAAAAAUUAUACAACUCAUAAUCAGUUUGUUAAGAUAGUGAUAAAAUAUAGUGCCAAUUAUUGAAAAUUGUGAAUUUUUAUUCUGACUUUGUAAGAGUUAGAAUUAUAAAAAUAGAUAAAGAUUCUUGCUACAACAACAAGAUGGCACAAAAAAAAACAUACAUUGAAGAAAUGUUGGAUAUGUCGGAUCGUUCAGACACUGACAAUUCUAAAAGUGAAAUUCCUCAAUUCUUUGCGGGUUCUAAUGUUCUUAUAACAGGUGCUUCCGGUUUUCUUGGUAUACUAUUAGUAGAAAAAUUAUUGCGAUGCUGUCCAGAUAUAAAGAAGAUGUAUGUAUUAAUGAGGACAAAGAAAGAAAAAUCACCAGAAGAACGGUUCAAAGAGCAUUUUAACAGUCCUGUUUAUGAUAAGCUAAAGGAAGAUAGGCCCAAUUUUAACUCUAAAGUAAUAAUGAUAGAAGCCGAUGUAAGCAAAUUAGAUCUUGGAUUGUCACCAGAAAAUCGAAAACGUAUUUUAGAUACAAAUAUAUUUUUCCACGGGGCAGCAACUGUACGAUUUAACGAACCUAUUCGACCCGCAGUCAAUAUAAACGUGAGAGGAACGAAACAAUUUCUUCUUCUCGCGAAAGAAAUGCUAAAUUUAAAAGCAUUUAUUUAUGUAUCUACCGCAUAUUCUCAUUGCGUAAAGGAAUUCAUUGAGGAAAAGUUUUAUCCUCCGCCUAUUGAUACGGAAAAAAUGUUAACAUUACUUGAUAUUUUGGACGAUGAACAGAUGGAACAAUUAACGCCGGUAUUAUUAGGUAAAUGGCCAAAUACAUACACUUAUACGAAAGCAAUUGCUGAAAAUGCUGUGCUGCAAUAUGGUACUGGACUUCCGAUCUGCAUUGUACGUCCUUCGAUUAUAAUAUCAACGGCAAAGGAGCCAAUACCAGGUUGGAUUAAUAAUGUAUACGGAGCGGCAGGUGUAGUUAUGGGAGCUGCCAUAGGUUUAUUACGUACUUUACAUUGUCCACCUGAAAAUGUAGCAGAACUAGUGCCUGCGGAUUACGUCAUUUCUAAUCUCAUCGUUGCGAGUUGGGACACUGCUAAAAGAAAAAAUACUUUAUUAAGCAUCGAAAACGCAAAUCCAGAAGUACCGGCAACUGAAAGAAUACCAAUUUACAAUUAUGUGUCAAUAUGUCAAAAUCCUAUUACUUGGGAAAGAUUCUUGAACUUGAAUAAGAUUUAUGGCAUGCAAGUAGUAAGCACACAUGUUAUAUGGUAUUAUAUGCUCGUGUUAAACAGAUACAAAUUCAUGCAUGAUAUCUGCGUGAUAUUCUUACAUCUAAUACCUUCUAUCAUAGGCGAUACUCUGCUCUUUCUAAUCGGUCGAAAACCUAUGUUACGAGAGGCUUAUAGAAAGAUAAAUAAAUUUAACUCUGCGAUAUCGUACUUUUCGUCGCAACAAUGGCGAUUUUGCAAUGAAGCUGUUAUACGACUUUGGGAACGCACAAAUCCAGCUGAUCGCCAGAUGUUUGAUUUCAACAUUGACAAUUUAGAAUGGGAAUCAUAUCUUAAACAUAUGAUUCCUGGUAUGCGCGUAUACUUAGUUAAUGAUCCAAUGGAAACUUUAGAACAAGGACGAGCAAAAUAUAGAAAAUUGAAAAUUGCUCAUUAUACAUUAAUAACUGUUCUCUCGAUUUUACUAAUAUGGGGCAUCCUAAGCUUAAUGAUUCGUAUAAUAUCAUUAUUUUAAUUUGUAAAACAUUAUUUUUUGUUAAGUUGCAGUUUAAUGACAAAAAUAAAUUACAAUUGUAAAAGAAGAAUGGAAUGGUUGAAAUUAAAUGUUUCUGUUUACGUUUUUUA